AGGCUAGCAAGACUACAGCGUGGACUGGAGCGCUUCCUCGGACUACUCGAUGGCAAGUCCUCACUGGAGCACUUCCUCCAGGCUUUUCCCACUUUGAGUGCAGAGGAGAUUGAGCCUGUUAGGGUGAAAUUUGUGGAGGACGUCAAGGAGCUGAUCAAGUCCGGUCACCACUCCCUCACCGAGUCCUACGACCUCCACGAGCGUCUCCCCCUCCUCGAGCAGCUCUGUCUCGAAGCAGAUCGACGUGCAGACCGUGGUCUCCCCCUGGACCACGAAGAGAUGAAGGACGUCUUCCGCCCCGACCUAGACAUCUCCACUGCUCUCAACGCUAAAGCUCUCCAAGGACGAAGGGAACGCGUCGCCUCUCUCGAGGAACAAUUGGCGGAACUGGAGGCGGCAAACGCACUUGUGCAUGCUAAAUUGGUGGGAAAUGUGGACGAGGCAGAGAAGAGACAGGCAGAGGCAAAGGCGCUGUUGGAUGCGCUCGAGGGGGCGGUCAGGGAUUUACAGCCUGAUGCGGCAUUGGAGAAGAGGAUGAGGAGCACGUUGGAUGGGCUGGCGAGUGAGCUGGGACCUAGGGUGUAG